AUGGCCUGCCUCCUAUUCGCAUACACCCGCUCCUCGAUCCGCUCAGCGCGAGACCAAGCCAGAUACGGCCAAGGUCACGGCCAGAACCAGGGCCACAUCGCCAGCGGCAGCAGCAGACCUGCCGUGCCGUCUGAGCCCAAGUCCUGA